GGCCUCAAGAAGACGCUCAACGCUAACCCCGCGCCCCCCUGCGGCCCUGUCCGCUGGGUGCUGCAGUCCCGGUGCGACAAAUGCCAGUCCGGGAAACACAAGUGCCCGGGAAACGGUAUCGGACCCUGCAAGAGGUGCAGAAAGGGCACCGAUCCGUGCACGCUUUACGGAAUCCGCGCCGAUGGCGCUUUCAUCGGCCGCACCAUCUUCGUCCUCGAAGACCUGCCGGUGAACGUGCAGAUCGUCGCUCAGGCCGCGAUCGAGUACGUUCUCGUCUGGCUCGCCAAGGCGGACUACGAAGCCAACCCGAGCCUCGCCCCCGACGCCGCCCCUCCUUUCCGCGAGGGCGAAGCCUACCCGGCGUACGCCAAGUGGGAUCGGCAGCAGGCCCGCGACUGGGCCGCCAAGGUCCUCUUUGACAAGAAGAGGAAACUCGUCUUCGCCGGCGUGAAGACGUACUGGACGAACGGGUCUGAUGAGGGCUCGGGCACGGCUGGCGCACCCGCGACGUCGUCAAGUCGUGGCGCAAGAUCCGCCUCUGCUCCGUCCCGUGCGCGGAAGUCCUCGCACACCGCCGCCCCCCUCCCUGGUCCCUCCCUCACGCGCCCAUCCGCCGCUGCCGCCGCCACCGCGCCCGUCCCCGCGCCCGUCCCCGUCCCCGUCCCCGGUCCCUCGGCGCCCCGGAAGCGCAAACACGACUCCAGCGGUGAUGCUCUGCCGAGGCGGAAAGUCGCCAGGACGUCCGGGAAGGCCGCCGCGAUCUUGGCCGACGCCCUCGACGACGACGAGCCUGGGACUAACGAGGAGAUCCUCGACGCCCUCCGUCACGCUCACCCCGCCGGCGACGACCUCCCGUGGCCAGAGUUGUACGACAUCCUCAACAUCGUCGAGGCCACCUCCGUUGAGAAGGCCGCCGCUUUAACCCGACUCGAGGAAGCGGCGGGUGUGUUCAGCGCAGCGCUCAGCGUCGCAUCCAGCAAAGCCAAGGCGCACGCUUCCAGUCUCGUCUCGCUGCGCCUUUGGGUAGGAAAACACAAGCAGAAGGACAACGAGCAGGACGACAGCGAGCAGGGAGAGGGUGAGCAGGACAGCAACAACAACAACAACAACAACAACAACAACAACAACGAGGAAGACGACGAGUAG